GCAUUCUGAGUUUUGAGUGUCGGAUUAUUUAUAUUUGUUUUUGGUCAGAAUGAUAACUCUGGUGUUUGGGUCUUCACUGCCCUCACCAACACCACCAGAGGCAGCAGUGGUGACGCCAGCUACGAAGAAAUGCGGGAGCUUAGUAACGGGUCGCCGGAUCUUCCCAAAUGGAUGCGGUUCGGGUUCAGGUAACGGGUUCCCGCCGUUUCUUCCCAAAGAGGUCGAGAAGAUCAAAGACCCUUUUGCCAGAAACUUGGCUCAGAGAAUGGAGAGGCUCCCUGUUCAGAUGGGGUUAGAUGAUGAAACUUGUAUAAUGAGUAGUUGUGUGAAACCUUUAGUACAAACCAAGAACAAUCCAGUGGUUCUUUUGCAUUGCUUUGACAGUUCUUGUUUAGAAUGGAGGUGCACAUAUCCCCUGCUUGAAGAGGCUGGGUUGGAGGCUUGGGCAAUUGAUGUGCUCGGGUGGGGCUUCUCCGAUUUAGAAAGGCUUCCACCAUGCAAUCCGGAAUCAAAGCGUCAUCACCUCUAUCAGUUUUGGAAGUCCUACAUCAGAAGGCCAAUGAUAUUAGUUGGACCUAGCCUUGGUGCUUCUGUUGCAAUUGACUUUGCAGUCAGUUAUCCGUUUGCUGUUGAAAAGCUGGUUUUGAUCAAUGCAAGUGUGUACUCAGAAGGCAGCAAACUUGCAGAAUUACCUAGAAUAUUAGCCUAUGCUGGGGUUUCCUUGUUGAGGAGCAUCCCUCUACGGCUUUAUGCUAAUACACUGGCCUUCAAUGACAUUUCAUUAGCCACAACCUUUGAUUGGACUAAUGUCGGUCGCUUACACUGUUUGCUGCCUUGGUGGAAAGAUGCAACAGUAAGUUUCAUGAGUAGUGGGGGCUAUAAUGUUGUUGCACAAAUAAAACAGGUGAAACAGAAAGCACUUAUCAUCUGCAGUGAGGAAGAUCGAAUUAUCACCUACAAGCAAACACUGAGACUACGAUGUGAACUACCCUCGGCAAUCAUGCGGCUAAUACCGGAUGGUGGUCACCUUCCUCAUGUUGACAAUCCCACCUCUGUUGCAAAGCUAAUUGCAGGGUUUGCUCGCAAUGACCGUUGCUGAGUGGGACUAGACUGCGGCAGAAUUUGUUGUACCUUUUCCCUCCUAAGAGCAGAGGCCAUUGGUUCUGUGCAAUAGUGUGUUGUUUGUCUAUUGUAGAUUUGUUUAGAUCUGUAGUAGGUUUGCUGUUAGUAUAA